CUGAAGGGGAGGGUAAACCUCAACGAUCGAUCCGGUUAAGGUUUCUGAACGAGAAGUGUUGGGAGGAGUCCGUUUUGAUCCUGCAAAAUUAUAUUUCUCGUUCUAUACUCCUCCAUUUUCGUUUCGUUGAACGAUCUGUUAUUAUCAUGAGUUUUGACGAAGGCCACGUUAAUCAGGCGGAAUUCCCAGAGGCUGCAUCUGCUGUUCAACAGGCCAGGGAAGAAUACAGUGCAGAUUCUGACUCUUUUGGAGAGAAAGACCCUUUCAAACUCAAGAAAGAGAAGAAGGAUGCUGAUAAAAAGAAGAAAGAAAAGGGCUACAAGACAUUUGAAGCUGCUGAAAGCUUCUCAGAAGAAGAUGAUGAAAGAGGGAAAGGAAAGAAGAGAGGCAGCCUGUUCAGAAAUCGCUUUGCUCCUUCUGCAAAAGCCAAACCAAAGGACAAAAUGAAGGGCGAUGAAAAAGACGGAAAGAUAACAGAAGAGCGAAGACCAAGCAAGGAAAGGGCAAAGGAGGAUAAGAAGUCGAAGGGUAGUGGAGAAGAGAAGAAGAUUAAGGCAAGCAAUGAAGAGAAGAAGGUUAAAGCAAGCAGUGAGGAAAAGAAGAGAAAUAAAAGCAAGGAGAGAGAGAAGAUAAAAAAGAAAGCUCACACCAUUGAUGUUCCAUAUGUUAAACCAGAGCCAAUAUUUGGGGUACCUUUGGAAGCUGCUGUUGCCAGAUCUAAGCUGUAUGAUAAUGUUGAUUUACCAAAGAUCGUCAGAGAAUGUAUCGAUUAUGUGGAGGAAUAUGGGUUAGCAACAGCUGGGAUCUACCGUCUGUCUGGUGUGAAAUCAAAGGUGGAGGCUUUGAAGGCCCAGUACAACAAUGACGAGAAAGUGAACCUGAGGGACCAUGAUCCAACCAUUGUCACUAGUCUCUUUAAAUUGUAUCUCAGAGAACUGCCGGACACAAUUUUGACUUCAAGAUUUACCCCAGUAUUUGAACAUUCUGCAGGUCUUACCACAGCACAAGAGAGAAUAGGGGCAUUCAAGAAACUCCUAGCCCAGUUACCCAAAUGUAACUACACCCUUCUUUCAUGGACAGUAGUCCACUUGGCUCAUAUAUUAGAAAGGAAAGAGGAUACCAAGAUGACGAUACAGAACCUAUCCAUCGUAAUGUGUCCUACCUUGAGGAUAAGCCACCGUACUAUGAACCUACUAUUCACAUAUUGGAAGGAGUUUUUCAGCGAUGUCAAACUCAAGAGGUGCCCUAAACCUCUUGAAUGGAUACCAGGGACUACAUUUGAAAUUCCAGAUACCACAGCGGAGCUUGAGGAGGAACUAUUACGACAUGAAUUAAUUCUUGCCAAAAUGCAUGAGGAGCUAAAUCGAGGGGUGGCUCAUAAGAGUACGGAAGAUAAUCUAUGGGAGGUACAGAGAGUAGUCACACAGCUCAAGAGAAAGUUACGAGUCAGUAGGAGAGUGUCUGAAACUAGACUAGCAGCCAAAGAAAAGGAGCUAGAAAACAAAGAUACCAAGACAUCAUCAUCUUCAUCUAAAGAACGUUCCCCUGUAAAGACAAUGUCUCUGUCACCAACAACACUCAAAGAUGAUGUCAAAGAGAAACCUGUUGAAGUUGAAAAGCCAGUUGAUGCCCAGGCACCAGAGGACAAGCCAAAUGAACCUGUUACCGGUGGUGAUGAGGUCGAUAAUACUGAAGAGAAAACAGAGGAGGAACCACCAGUCAAAGAGGAGGAAAAGGAGGAAUGCAAAGAAGAAUCAAGAGUUGAGAUUGAAGAAGAUGAAGAAGAAGAGAAAGAACCUGAACCAGAUUUAGAAAUGAUGAAGCUUCUUCUCUUGUCACAAGCCGAGGUGGUCGCAGAGCAUGAUGAGCUGAUGAACAUCCGCAACGAACUUCAGAAGCGCAUUGAGGCAGAACGACAGGAGAUAGCCAACUUGCAGUCUGCCAUCAUUGAAGCUAAGCAAGCAGCUAGGAGGAGAGGUGCCUCAGUCGAUAGCAUUGAUAGCUCAGUGGCAUCAGAGAGCAGCAGUGAAAGUGAGGAUGAAGAAGAGCUACAGAAGAUUUUAGAAGGACUUAUUAGAGAAAAUGAGGAAUUGAGACGGAAAAACAUGCAAUUGAGUCACAACAUCCACAAUGAACGUGAGGCCUGCGCCGAGCUUCGUGUCCAGAUCAAAUUACAGGAACAGAUGCCACAGAUGCUGGAGGCACUUGCCCAAGCUGGGAUCAAAGACUCUUUAGCCAAACAGAAAUCUGUUCCGAAAGAUCCCUCUGGUAAACCCAAGAAAGUUGCAAUAGUUGCUGAACCUAUCAAUGAAUCAUCAACUGAGAAGGACAUACCUGAAAGUAGGGACGUAGAGGACAAGAAUGAAAAUAUGAAUUCCAAUAAUAGUUCAGGAGUAGAGGAGAAGAUGGAGGAAGGUACCGGGAGCGCAUCUUCUGGUGUCACCACAGAGAAGGAGAACUCUCAAGAGAGACAUCUAGAGGAAACUGCUCUGUGAGACCGAUGAUACUUGAAAUGAAAUUGAAUUGACUUCUUAUGUUUUCUCUGCACUCGAUAUAGCUUAAGCAAAUCUUUAAUGAAUAGGAAAGUCCUGGAUGUUUGAACUUGUAAUCCUCAAAGCCAAUAUUUUAUGUCUUUCCUGUGGUAAGUACCCAUAGCAUGGUGAAUUCAAUUGUAGGUAAGGAGUAAUAAAGGUGUAUUUGAAUGUAGGUUAAAAGUUAUUUGCCGCAUAUGCAUUUCAGCAUUGCUCAUUGCAAGAGCAAUGGCAUUUCAAAUGAAGAGCAAAAUGACAUACCGGGUAAGUUUUAUUUCACC